GUAGAAAUAAAUUCUCCAUCUUUUCUUUCUCCGGAUAGAUAGAGAGAGAAAGAAGGAGGUACAGUAUAUAUGCGUAUGUGAGAGUAUGUUUGUAUAUAUGUUUUUGUGGAUAGAGAAAGCAUUGAUUUAGAGAGAGAAAGUUGGAGUUGGGAUUGAUUUUUCCUUGCAUAUUUACUUGUCAGCGCUUUACAGAUUGGGAGAAAGGAAACCUUUGGAGAAAAAGCGGGGGAGGAGUUUUGUGGAUUGAGGAAAUUCUUUUCAUGAUCGGAGCUAGGGCUUGUGAACUUUUUUUCUUUGGAAUUGUGAAGUUUGAGGAUGCGGAGAGCUGAGAAUUCGAGCUUCGAUCUUGUUGCAUAGCUUGGAAGAAUUUAGGGUUUUUUUUUUUUUUUUGGUUAGAAAUGGAGGAGGAUUCAGUUAUGGCUACGGACGCCGAUCGCGAUCCGUCGGAGCAGCCCUCCACAGCUAAUGGUGUGGAUGAGCCGAGCAAAUCGGAAUCGUUGGCAGCUCAGCAGCAGCAGAGUGAUAGUAGCGGUAAUGUUGACAGUAGUAGUAAUAGCGGUGGAAUUGGCGGAGGAACGGUGGUGGCAGGGCCUCGCUGUGCUCCAACUUACAGCGCGGUAAACGCGAUAAUUGAGGAGGAGGAGGAUGGUCCUGGACCGCGGUGUGGCCACACACUGACGGCUGUGCCGUCCGUAGGUGAGGAAGGGACUCCUGGAUAUAUUGGUCCGAGAUUGAUUCUGUUUGGUGGAGCUACAGCUCUCGAAGGGAAUUCAACAGUGUCGGGAACUCCUUCGUCUGCCGGAAGUGCAGGGAUUCGUUUGGCAGGGGCUACAGCUGAUGUGCACUGUUACGACGUUUUGACAAAUAAAUGGUCUCGAAUUUCGCCUAUCGGAGAACCACCCACACCUAGGGCGGCUCAUGUUGCCACUGCAGUGGGUACAAUGGUUGUUAUUCAGGGUGGGAUUGGCCCAGCUGGUUUAUCUGCAGAAGAUCUGCAUGUUUUGGAUCUCACUCAAGAACGACCACGAUGGCAUAGGGUUGUGGUCCAAGGACCUGGGCCAGGGCCACGAUAUGGGCAUGUGAUGGCUCUGGUAGGACAACGGUAUCUCAUGGCCAUUGGUGGAAAUGAUGGAAAACGACCUUUGGCUGAUGUCUGGGCACUGGACACUGCUGCAAAGCCAUAUGAAUGGCGGAAACUGGAGCCAGAGGGAGAUGGGCCGCCACCUUGCAUGUAUGCUACUGCGAGUGCACGUUCAGAUGGUCUUCUUCUUCUCUGUGGUGGGAGGGAUAUAAACAGCGCGCCACUGGCUAGUGCAUAUGGACUUGCCAAACAUCGAGAUGGUCGUUGGGAAUGGGCCAUUGCUCCUGGUGUCUCGCCAUCUCCAAGAUAUCAGCAUGCUGCUGUUUUUGUCAAUGCACGCCUUCAUGUGUCUGGAGGGGCACUUGGUGGGGGCCGAAUGGUAGAGGACUCCUCAAGUGUGGCUGUUUUGGAUACCGCAGCUGGAGUCUGGUGUGACACAAAAUCAGUUGUUACAACUCCAAGGACUGGAAGAUACAGUGCGGAUGCUGCUGGUGGGGAUGCCGCAGUUGAAUUGACAAGACGCUGUAGGCAUGCUGCUGCUGCAGUUGGUGACCUGAUCUUCAUUUAUGGUGGUCUACGUGGUGGGGUUCUGCUGGAUGACUUACUUGUUGCUGAAGAUCUUGCUGCUGCAGAAACAACUAGUGCAGCUUCUCAUGCAGCAGCCGCAGCUGCUGCAUCUAAUGUGCAGCCAGGAACGUUACAGGGUAGAUAUGGAUUUACAGAUGACAGAAAUGGGGCGACUGUACCGGAUGCUGCUGAUGGUGAAGUUGUGGUAGGAAAUCCUGUUGCUCCACCCGUAAAUGGUGAUAUUUAUACAGAUAUAAGCACUGAAAAUGCAAUGCUCCAAGGUCCCAGAAGAUUGAGCAGGGGCGUUGAAUACCUUGUUGAAGCAGCUGCAGCAGAAGCUGAAGCUAUCAGUGCUGCACUUGCGGCUGCCAAAGCUAGGCAAAAUGGAGAAGUUGAGCUGCCAGAUAGAGAUCGUGGAGCAGAGGCUACUCCUAGUGGGAACCACAUCUUGAUCAAGCCUGAUUCUGCAACAUCAAAUGAUUCUACUCCAACUGGAGUUAGGCUUCAUCACCGUGCUGUUGUUGUGGCUGCUGAGACUAGUGGUGCUUUAGGGGGCAUGGUCAGGCAGCUUUCGAUUGAUCAGUUCGAAAAUGAAGGCAGGAGGGUCAGUUAUGGAACUCCAGAAAGUGCAAGUGCAGCUAGGAAACUUCUAGAUAGACAAAUGUCAAUAAACAGUGUACCAAAGAAGGUGAUUGCUCACCUCUUGAAGCCUCGUGGCUGGAAACCUCCAGUUCGAAGACAAUUUUUCUUGGAUUGCAAUGAGAUUGCAGAUCUCUGUGACAGCGUUGAGAGAAUUUUUUCAAGCGAGCCAACUGUACUACAGUUGAGGGCUCCUAUCAAGAUAUUUGGAGAUUUGCAUGGUCAAUUUGGAGAUCUGAUGCGACUUUUUGAUGAAUAUGGAUCACCAUCUACUGCUGGGGACAUAGCAUAUAUUGAUUACCUCUUCUUGGGAGACUACGUUGACCGAGGACAACACAGCUUGGAAACAAUGACUCUUCUCCUUGCUUUGAAGGUCGAGCAUCCUCAUCAAGUACAUUUAAUUCGUGGUAAUCAUGAAGCUGCAGAUAUCAAUGCUCUUUUUGGCUUCCGAAUAGAAUGCAUUGAGCGAAUGGGUGAGAGAGAUGGGAUAUGGGUGUGGCACCGGAUUAAUAGAUUGUUCAACUGGCUUCCUCUGGCAGCAUUAAUUGAGAAAAAAAUCAUCUGUAUGCAUGGCGGUAUUGGGAGAUCAAUAAACCAUGUAGAACAGAUAGAGAAUAUUCAGCGUCCAAUUGCUAUGGAGGCAGGAUCUAUUGUGCUCAUGGACUUGUUGUGGUCAGAUCCCACCGAAAAUGACAGUGUAGAAGGACUGCGACCAAAUGCACGAGGUCCUGGCUUAGUAACCUUUGGGCCUGACCGUGUUAUGGAAUUCUGCAACAACAACGAUCUUCAGUUGAUUGUUCGAGCACACGAGUGUGUAAUGGACGGAUUCGAAAGAUUUGCUCAGGGACAUUUAAUUACUCUAUUUUCAGCCACAAACUACUGCGGUACAGCAAACAACGCUGGUGCAAUACUGGUUCUCGGGAGGGAUUUGGUGGUCGUCCCAAAGCUUAUACAUCCAUUGCCUCCCGCAAUUUCAUCGCCAGAAACUUCUCCCGAUCACCACAUAGAAGACACAUGGAUGCAGGAGCUAAAUGCGAACAGACCACCUACGCCAACUAGAGGGCGUCCGCAAGGUGCCAACGACCGAGGUUCUCUGGCCUGGAUUUAAGACCACCAAUCCAUAGCAGCAGCGCAGGAUGGAGUUUCUAGUGAGUUGUACAUAGAGAGCAUAGAAGGAACAUUGCCUCCAUGGAGAAAUUUAGAAUAUUCCCGCCAAGCCAGAAGACAAGACAUAUAUAUAUAUAUAUAUGUUAUAUCUCUCUCUACAAUGAUCUCCGCAGUGAGUGAGUCAUUUGAAGUCCACAACGGACGGACAGGCGGCACAAGUACUCUUUCUCUCUCUCUCUCUCUCUAGAUAUAUAUAUAUAUACAUGUAUUUACAUCUUUAUAGAAGUUCAUAAAUGUUUUUGUUACUAAGCUUUGUGUUUAAAGAGGACACAGAAGAUGAUAGAUGCGAGUUGAGUGACUCACUGCUGACAACUUAAUAUGUAUAAAUGGAGGGAGAGGUAUUGAUUUAUUUGCCCCCUGCACCAGCACUACCCCAUGUAUGUAGUCUCUCUCUCUCUCUCUCUCUAGAUAUACACAUAUGUAUCAUCAUCAUCAAUUUGAGGAGUGGGGAAGUAGUUAGUAGUGUUA